UGAUUCCGUCUGCUUGAAGAGGAGUGAGGUCUCUGUAGAAGGAAAGGCACGGUCUGUGUACAGUCUGACUCCCUUAUGUUAGUUCUGUAGUAGGAGAUGAUCACUCUGUCUUAAGAUCCUCUUUUCACUGACAUACACAGCCGCUUGCUGUAGGCGCAGCCUAUCGCGCUUUCGUUUCCCCUCUUUACCUUCUUUCCUCAAAAUUUUUCCUUACUUCACUUCAAAUCCGCCUUAUCCAAUUUUCGGUCCCGUUCCCCCCAUCAUAAGAAAACAAAAUGUCGGAUCUCGACAAGGCUGCGAGCUUGAUCCUCGAUAUCAUCGCGGUGGGGACCAAUGUGUUGCUCUACAUGGCUCCAAUCCCGCUGCUCUUCUGGGGCUUGAAAGAGCAAAAGCAAAAACGCAAGGAUCAACCGAAUGUACCAUUUACAUGAUCAUUUAUAGGUUCUAGUCUUUUAUUGCUAAAAACAAGAACUCUAAAUGCUUAGAUCUGUUUUUACUCUUGACUAACAUACGUACUACCACGAGGGGAAGCAACACACUACCGCUAACAUAGUACCACUUUUCUAUGAUAGAUUAGUUUUUUUCACACUACCGCUAACAUACUACCACUUUUCUAUGAUAGAUUACAGUUGCUACCACUUUUCUAUGAUAGAUUAGUUGCUUAUUUCACGAGGGCAACGUAGUAGCUCGCUAAAUGUGCAUAAAACAGGAACCUCAAGGCGUGAUAGACUUGCCGCCUUUGCCGUUGACGAUGCAAGCCGCUUCUUGUAUCGGUUGGCUGACUUACACGUCUUUGAACCUCAUUUGGAUUGGUAUCAUUCCCAAUGCGCUUGGAACGUUGCUGUCCUUUCCUUACCUGCUGAGCUAUAGCAGCAUUUACAAAGCGAAUCUUUACAUUACGAAGUGGUGCUGUACAACAUCAAAUGAAUCCAUGUAGUGUACAAAUUCUCUCCAAGUGGUGUACAACAUCAUACAAAUUCUCUCCAUCUUCUACCAUCUAUCAAUCUUGGUCCCGUGUAUUUUGGGCUUAGGGAAAAGAAGCGGGGACGACCAAGAUUGAUUCUGUCCAAGAAAGAUGGAAAUGGACCUCUGCAAGGUGUCUAAUCACAGUGGGCAACUGAAAGGUCAAAUGAUCAAGGUUUCGGUCUUCGUGUCCAUCAUCAUGGUCCUGCUUUUGCUCAGUCAAUUAUUCGAUGGGAAGGAUUCCGAUGCUGUGGUGGCAACGAUUGGUUGGCUGUGCUUUUCCGCAUCAGUCAGCUUUCUCACGACUCCCCUCCAAGAGUUCGUGCGCGCUAUUUGUUUGCAAAACGUGGAAGUGUUGUUAAGAAGUGCCAUCACGACACUGCAUCCGUCACUAACAUGAUCCCUGACUCUUUUUACCCCCACUAUAUAAAGAAGUGUACUCUUUUCACCCCCACUGAGAAAGAAGUGUCAGGGAAGAUGUUCUGACGAGUGCGGUGGUUGACGAUUUCCUCUAAGCUUAGGCUCGUUGACGAUUUCCUCUAUGGCCAUGGGGUGCACAGUGAGUUGGACGAUUAAGGGCGUCUUUUAUCUGGAGGAUUUUCCUAUUUCUAUCGCCAACGGACUGGGCGUGCUGAUCCACACGAUUGCGCUGUGCAUUCGCUUUUACUUUCGCAAUGCCGAACCUUUGCCUGAUGCCGCGUACCCUGAGGAACUGGCCAAAAUGCAGAAACGGUACCCCUGUUGUCUGGGUAAUGGAUUGAUGAAGAAGUUUCUGGCGCCUGGAGACACCUCCUCCAAAGCUGGCGAUGAUGCUGUUGCCGAUCGUGAGUACGUCUCUGGUGUCUACUACACCCUGAAGCCAGGAUCGACGCGCAGUUCUCGACUGGGAUCCGCGAUUAUCAGUCAAGAUCUCGAAGCGGUGGCGGACAACAAAGUCGAUUCGGAUCUUGGACAACAAACUGAGAAGACAGACGACAUCACCAUUACGGCUACACCUUCAAUCUAUCUUUCAGGCAUUCUUAAGCUCACAGCAUCAGCGAUUAGUCAAGAUCUUCUCUCGACUGGGAUCAGCGAUUAGUCAAGAUCUUAUUCAAAAAAAAUUCAUCCUCCUCGUCCUCAGCAUCAUGGUGCCGUUUCUUUUCUCAGGGAAAAGAAGCGCCAGGAGGCUCCUGAAGAUGGGUUUCAACACUUACAGUUCUAACGCCAAAGCCGCGGCUGAGUUGGCAAAAGAAAUGCCGGACGAUGCUCCUGAGGCGAGAGAAACGGCUGUUGAGCUCGCGAAUGUCGUUGUGGAGACGACGCAAGCCGAGCCUUGA